AUGCACGAGCACCUCGGUCUGCAGCUCAACGGGUCGUCAAAUGUCCCUCCAACACCACCGUCCACUCAAGGUGCUUGUCCCUCUGGGCCGAGUUCCUCUACUCAACCAUCUGCCGCUGGAUCAUCAUCCGUUGAUGCCGGUGGUUCUGUGGCCCCGAGGCCCAUUCAUGCUUGGACCUCCCAAACUCCGGCGCAGCAAACAGCGUCACAAGUCCGUCAGCAACCGCAUCAGCAGCAAGCCGCACUUCCAGCAGGAUCCAAUACUACGCAACCUCAAAGGCAUCCUCCUGCUCAGCCCGCAGAUGAAAUUGCUGCGCUAAGGGCGAGGAUCGCUGAGCUUGAGAGUGGGAGUGCUCACGGCAACCAAUUACCGGCCAGAGCCUCCAUUCCUCAUCAAGCGUUAGUCGCUGACUCCACUGCUGUCAACUGUAUUCGUGCAAACCUAUCUAGCGCCAAAGAAGAGUCUAGGAAGCUCACUUUGCCCGCACUUCAACCAGGGCACAAAGUCAGUGCCCUGAGCUUACGUGAGUUUAUUUUCCCAUCGCGUCCGCACCCUUUCCGUAUUGCUCCGGGUGCAUACCGUAUUCGUUUUCUCGAUAUCUGCUUCGCCAUACCUUCUAAGGUGGAGGAGGCUUUCAAACUGUACUGCUAUGUGCCUUACAUGGCACUCAUGCACGCAGUGCGCUCCAAAGCCCACCUUCGAGGCGAGGACUCGUCCUUUGUUUUUACUCAGGAUGGGCUUACUGCCAAAGGCCUUGAUCGCUUGAAUGAGCUGUCUAUUUUGACUGUGGAUUGGAUUGGUGCAGCGAAAGUGGCGGAGGAGAGAACAUUGCACUAUUGGGGUGCAGACAGGGCAUCGGCCCUAGUAUCGCAUCAUCUUGUCAUGCUCGAUAUCGCCUGCACUCAUGGCUGGUCAGUUGCAAUGCACUACGAUGUGCAACAGCGAGAAUUAGCUCAUGUGAACCAUGAGCACAACUUGGCUGGCCUAGAUGUGGAAGCCCUCACGAUAGCCAAUAAUAAAGUCACAUCUAGUAUUCCUGUGGUGGCACACUCCAACCCUCCCACUAAAUGA